AUGUUGUUCUUCCACUUCUCGGAAAUUGACCACUGGAUGAUUGCAGUAUGGUCCAUUGCGGCUUUAUCGCUGAUCGUAAUUUGUGCCUGCUAUGUGGCGAUACGAGCUAAACUCAGUUCCAAAAGAUUGGUGUCAGUUGCUAGCAAGGACAAUUCACUAGAACAGAACAAGAAACUCUCCAGGACUUUGUUUAUUGUGAUAGGCGCCUCUCUUGUGUGUUGGGGCUCGAGUAGUGUUGCCCAUUUUAUUUUUCAUCAGUGUUCCGGCUGUUUUUCUAAACGCGUUCUCUACAGUUUUUAUAUAUUUCAUUUGGGAAAUUCUUUGGUGAAUCCUGUCAUUUAUAGUUUUAGAUUUCCCAUGUUUCGAGAAACUUUAAGAAAAAUACUAUCACCUAAAACUUCUAAACGAUCUAGA